AUGGACCCAUUCCAGGUCCGCAUGGAAUUCCUGGCGCUGCUGAAGCGCCUCAAUGCUAGCGAACAGUCAAUCCGAAAAACGGUGGCUUUUGCCCUGCGCUACGCGACGCGGUGUUCGGACGAUAUCUGGGACUGUGUCAUGACAGAGUGUGCCAAAGCGCCGUCCAACACGCGCAUCAAUGUGCUGUUCAUGCUCGAUGCCUUCCUGGCGGACGAUUUCGAGACGAGCCCCGAAGAGGUCGGCGUGUACCGCACGCUUGCUGUGCGCGACCUCCCUGCGAUCAUCAACAUGGUCGUGCCGCCAGAUAGUUGGGAUGCCGUGCUGAACAUUACGAGCACCCGGCAGAUCCUCGCAUCUUGGGAGUCGAAACGCAUUUUUGACCCCCGUCUGCUCAACUCGCUCCAGGAGACGAUUGAACAGCGCGCCGCAAGCGUGCGUGAACGUGCACAACAUGGCGACAUGGCCGACAUCGCGCGUGUGUCGCGCGCCGACGUCCUACGCCGCGUCGAGGAGGACCGCGAACGCCACAAACGCCUCCGUGAAAACAGCUGGAAGCUGCCCCCUAUGUCCUAUCUGCACGCGUUUGAUCCACCGCGCUCCCACAGCCAGGGUAACGUGGACGUGCCUACAGCGACGCUGGCCCCCAGCGCGCCCGUGGAUGCCGUGGCCCUUGAAUUUGACCAGCACUGGGAAACGACCAGCGACCUAAAUGAGGACGAUCUGGACUAUAUGCGGGAAGAAACUCGGCUGACUUCACUGCAGGAUCGCGAUGUGCGUCUGCACGCCUAUACCUCGCUACCGUCGGGCGUCACGGGUGAGAAGCAGGUGGUCUUCUCGCUGCGUGAAGUGAUCCCGACCGGGCACAAGCGCACCGUGCGCCAGGUUGCUUGGGCGCCGUCGGGCGAUAUCAUGGCCACGGCGUCGUUCGACUGCACCGUGGGCAUCUGGGAGCGCACGCCACCCGAGGUGCGCGGCGAAGACCCGAACGAGCCGGAGUGGGACUGCUCGGGAACGCUCGAAGGGCACGAUAGCGAAUGCAAGAGCGUCGCAUUCAGCCACAACGGUAGUCUGCUUGCCAGCUGCAGCCGCGACAAGAGCGUAUGGAUUUGGGAGGUCCAGCCCGACUCGGAGUUUGAGUGCCUUAGCGUGAUGAUGGAGCACACGCAGGACGUCAAGAUGGUGGCCUGGCACCCAAAAGAAGAGAUCCUCGCUUCGGCCUCGUACGAUGAUACCAUUAAGCUCUAUGUGGACGACCCGUCGGAAGAUUGGUUCUGCUACUCGACCCUCAACGGGCACUCGUCGACCGUGUGGUCGAUGGCUUUUUCACCGUGCGGACGUUUCCUCGCUUCGGCAUCGGACGACAACACGGUGCGCAUCUGGCGCCGCUUUACCGCCCAAGAGUGCGAAGCAAACGGCCUGGCGCCCGAAGGCAAGAUCCCGGGGCGCGCUGGCGACAAGUGGGUCGAGGUGCAGCGCAUCGACGGUCACUUUUCCCGGACGAUCUACAGUUUGAGCUGGACGAUUGGCGAGCCGGGAGACGCAUCGCAGUCCUACGGAAAGCUGGCUGCUGCCGGCGCCGACGGCAAGAUCCUCGUCUUUUACAUGGGCGAGAGUGCGGAGAAGUUCAAGCCGAGUGUUGUGCUCGGUGCAAGUGUCGAAAACGCGCAUGGCGUGUCUGACAUUAACUGCAUCUCUUGGGCGCCUAUCCCACAAAAAUCGGAGGACGACACUACGCCCCAGCAGGCACCUACAAUGCUUGCCAGCGCAGGCGACGAUGGCGAAAUCCAUAUUUGGACAUAG